CGCCCCCCGCGCGCACGGAGCCUCCUGCGGCUGAGCAUUGCCGCCCCGGGGGAGCCGCAGAGCCGGGAGAGCGGGAGGGUGGGCGAGUCGGGCUGGAGGGAGUCGGAGCUCGAGCCUAAUCCCAAACCGGCGAGCAGGGCAAGCCCUCGGCGCCAAGCCCCCCGGCCGCAGGCGGAGGGACCCGACUCAACACCUCGGCUGCCCCCGAGUCUUUCGGUCCUAACGCCUUCCCGGCCGUCGGGGAGCUGUCGCCUCCAGCCGCCCCACUAGGAGAGCGCUUGGAGAUCGCCCGCCGUCUAGGACGUCUGAGGCCCCAGCUGUGUACGCCGCUGCCCCCCGGGCCCGGAAUGACCGGGGCUCGGGGCUGAGGCCGGCGCCGGCACCGGGACUGGACGGGGCGGCCCCGGGCCCCAUGGGCCAGCCGGCCCAGCCCCCCCGAGGCCGCCCCCUCCGGGCUGGGCCGGGCGGGAUGGAGCCGCGGCGCUGCCCAGGGGUCCCCGGGGCUCGGCCGGGCUCGGGUGGCCGGGGCCGGCGCCACUGAGGGACAGCGCGGCCCGGGAGCCAGGAGGCCAAUGUCUCGAGGCGAUUGACAAUGAAGCUAUGGAAGGUGGCGGCCCUGGUCUCUGUGCUCUGCAGCUCCAUGCUCUCCAUCUGGGUGUUCAGAGACUUGGCCAGCAGUGACCGAAGACUGGGACCUGGUGCUCGAGCCCCGCUGCGUAGGCCUCCUCGGGCCCUGGACCCCCGCUGGCCCCUCAUCUCACAGUAUCGAGCCCUGUUUGAGAGCUACACAGAGGGUGAAAUCCGGGAGCUCAUUUCUGCACUUGUGGAAAGGUCAAGCCCAUCAGGGCACUCUGGCGGGCACGCACUGCCCUUUUCGGGCCAGGCAGGGGCUCGGCGAAAGCGGGCCCGGGUCCGCCACCAGCCUUGUGGCCUGCGGGAAUUGGAGGUCAGCGUCAGUGAACUGGGCCUGGGCUAUGUGUCAGAUGAGACCAUUCUUUUCCGAUACUGCAGUGGCACAUGUGAGGCAGCUGCAAGGAUCUAUGAUCUUGGGCUGCGCCGAUUACGGCAGCGGCGCCGUGUGCGCAAGGAAAAAAUCCGGGCCCGGCCCUGCUGCAGGCCCCUGGCCUAUGAGGAGGAAGUGUCAUUCCUGGACUCCCGGAAUCGCUACCACACGGUCAGCGAACUGUCAGCCAAGGAGUGUGGGUGCGUGUGAGGGCCCCCAGGGUCUGCAUUGUCUACCUCACCUGGGGGCUGCGUGGUGCCACCAACCUGACACUUCCAGAGUGGAAGCCCCUACGCCUCCGACCUCCCUCUCUCGCCACCCGCCAUGCUGAAGAUGAUGCUUACCUUGAACCCUGGCCAUGGGGAGUCUCCUCUGGAUGCCUGACCAGACACCCUGACCCUGCUGCCUGGACCCAGGGGGCCCCGAGACCGAGGGAAUGGGGUUAGUGUCCCAGGAACCAAAGGGCUCCGGAACUGGCGGUGGCCCUGCCAGGCCUGAUUGUAUAUACUUCAUUGAGUAACUAACUGACCUUGUACAGGAAAUUAUAUUCUAUAUAUGUGAAUCUUGCAUUAUCUAUAUCUAUAUAAAAUAUCAGUGGAUCCUUC